AUUAACAUGAAAAUGGUGGUCAUAUUUUAUUUGUUGCUGAUGCUCAGAGUGGGACGAUGCACAGACGAUCACGUCUUUGAAACGACAACUGUUGAAGUUGGAGAUGAUGUGACUUUGAAUUGUACUCGCCAGACAUCUGCCUUGAGGGAAACCUUGUUUUGGAUCAGGCUUGUUACUGGAAAAACACCUGAAUUCUUGGGAGGAACAUAUGCCUUUGAUUAUGAAGGUGUGAACAAGACUGCUCGCAUUACAGCAAAACAAGAGCCUGGAUCAUUUAUUCUGCAUAUUCAUGACACAAAGCUGAGUGAUACUGGACUUUACUACUGUUUAAAAGUAAAACAGCUGAACAUGACAUUUUCCAAAUCAACACUUCUGAGAGUUAAAGGACCAGAACCUGAUAUCACUGCCGUCACUCAAGAUCCAUCUGAUCCAGUCCGUCCAGGAGACUCAGUGACUCUGCAGUGUUCAGUCCUCUCUGACUCUGAGAAGAAAACAUGUCCAGAAGAACACAGAGUUUAUUGGUUCAGAGCCGCAUCAGAUGAAUCUCAUCCCAGUUUCAUUUAUGCCCAAGGAAACAGUAGUGAUGGAUGUGAGAAGAGUCCUGAAGCUCACUCUCCACAGAAAUGUAUCUACAGCUUCUCUAAGGACGUCAGCUCCUCUGAUGCCGGGACUUAUUACUGUGCUGUGGCCACAUGUGGAGAGAUAUUAUUUGGAAAUGGAGCAAAACUGGACUUUGAAGGAGCCAGUACGUGCUCACAGGAUGCAGAUGCAGUUAUUUUUCUUCUGUGUGCUGUGUUGGCUAUAAGUCUGAUUGUUGUAGCCGUCCUCAUCUACGCCAUGAAGAAGAAAGAGAAUGAUUGUUACAGUGCUGCUGUUGCCGUGCAGAGAAACAGUGGUGGUCGGAAAAGUCAACAGAGAGAUGUGGACACACAGGUUUAUUCUGCUGUUGUCUUCACCGUGAUGAAAACUGGCAGUGGUGCAAUAAAGGAUUCAAGAGCAGCAGAGAGACAGAGGAUCUACGCUGCUGUCAAGGCUUUUGGGUUGGAUUAGUGAGGUCACAGGUCUGUUUGCCAUCAGCUGGUACUGUGUGAUGAAGUUGAUGUUAAUCUGGAGCUAAAGGGUUGUUUCACAGUUUUUGGCUAUUAGGUAGUUCUGCUCUACAAUGUUUUAAUGUUAUGAUUAAGU